AUGCCGGAGAAAAAGGUUUCCGUGCUCUUUGUUUGCCUCGGCAACAUUUGUCGGUCGACCAUGGCCGAAGGUGUCUUCCGUGAGAUCGCCAAGGAGCCGCAAUACAAAGACCUCAUCGGGAGGGUUGAUUCGUCAGGCACUGGGGCUUAUCACAUUGGAGAGGGUCCUGACCACAGGACAAUGUCGACGUUGGAGGCUCACGGCAUCACCGACUAUGUGCAUCACGCGCGCAAGGUACGUCUCUCCGACUUUGACGACUUUGACUACGUUUUCGCCAUGGACCGCCACAACCUGCGCGACCUCGAAAGCCUACAGCAGCGCGGCAAGCCAGACUCGCGCGCCAAGGUCCAGCUCUGGGGCGAGCAUUCGGGUUCGACCAAGGCGGAGGAGGUGGACGACCCUUACUACGGCGGCAAGCAGGGAUUCCAGACUGCGUACGAGCAGUGCACGCGGUUCUCCCGCAACUUCCUCGCUGAUGUUUUCCCCAACGUCAAGACGGCCUAA